AUGAAGCCAGCGGACCUGGCUCUCCCAGAUCCGGUCAAGCAGGAGAGGUCCGACACCUUCUACGACCCUUCUUCGGCCGACGGCUACAGCGGCCUCGUCCAGAAUGCCUUCCUUGGAGACGGAUCCGGCCACUUGGUCGGCGAUUCCUUGAGCGGUCCGAGUACGGGCUCAUCGCUCGACCAGGCCAGGCAGUUUCGAGACCCCAACGCAGAAGCCGCCGCAGCCAGCCCCUUCUCCAGCCCGCUGGCAUUGGCGGGCUCGCCUGGCAGCCACCACCGCAGCUCUUCGUUUGGCUCCGAGGCCGUCAGUCCCCCGUCGUUCUCCCUGACGACCCCGCUCCAGUCCCUUGGCCAGCUCGGACAGAUCUCUUUGGACGACAAUGGUCACCACUUCGCCCCCACGCUUGAUCAAGAUGCCGCCGAGACGGCCUCAAAUGCUUCGUUUUUCUCGCAUUCCAACAGCCCAUCGCUAGUGCCGUCCCAAGCGCAGGCAUCCUACGGCGGAGGCUCGCUGGCGGACGCUCAUCCGGGCCUCUCCUCGUUCACGUCGACGCAGCAGCACGGUCAGCCCGCGCAGCCGCCCACUCUGACGGCAAACGCGCCGACGCCGCCGCAGCUCACCCUCGGCAUACCGACCGUCUCGGUGUCAGAUACGACGAUGGCUGCCGCCGAGGACAUGCCGAGCAUCCAGGUCAUGGCCCCGUCGCCGUCGACGCCUAAAGCCGCCGGCAGGCAGGGCUCCGGGACCGGGUUCCAGCAUCUCCUUGCUCAACUGCAGAUGGGUUCCCUCCCCGCACAGACAAUGCCCGGAGCACGACCGGCAGUCCAGCAACCGACUUCGAUGACGUGGUCGAUGGAGCCUGAAAGCUACUCCACACCCUCCUACGCCGGUGUCAGCGGCGAUGCUGGUGUGAACACCAACACCGCUUCGGCAAUGUCCGAGAUGCAGCCGCCACAGACGACGCUGGGACCUGGCGGCUACGGCGAUGGCUCUGAGACGACGUACGCCGAGCUCUCUGGCAGCCCGAGCAAAACGGCGUACGGCCAGGGCCAGUGGUCCAGUCAGGCAAAGAGGCAGGACUCGUACGACCGUAUCCGCCAAUUCCUGCGCCUCGACGUCGACAUGGGGUUCGCCGGUGGUCCGCGGUUCGACUCGCCCACCUCGAGCGGCUUCCGCAAGCGGUCCACGUCUGACGUCGGGCCACGCUCGCCGAUAGCCGGCCUAGGCAGCGAUCCGGAAUGGCUGCGGAUGCUCGAUCACAUCAGCACGUCCGGCGGAGAUGGUACACAAGGGUGGCCGACUUUUGACAAGGCGUCGAAUAUAGGAGCGCUUGGGGAGACAUCAACCGUCAUGCCGGUGCACUUCGACGUGCCGGCGCAGGCCAACACGAUGGAUCCUUCGUUGCUGAACGGCGCGUCAUCGACGGCUUCCCCCAACCCCGUCAUGACGGCAGCGAGCUACUCCAGCAGUACGAACGCCGACGCCAACGUCGGAUCGACGCUUCCAUAUCAGAACCCCGGCUUCGCCAUCUCUGCACCGGCCGACCAGGAGGGGCGUGGUCAGUCGGGCGGCGACACCACGAUGGACCUCAGAUCGUCAGACGCGGCCCAGCCCGCCCCGGCGAUGCAGCUCAACCAGGGCUGGAGAUUCCCGCUGACCAAUGGCAGCCCCGCGCCAUCGCAGCAGCAGCAGCAGCAGCAGCAGCAGCAACAACAACAACAACGACAACAGCAAUCGACGGGCAUGUUCAACUUCUCAUCGCAGGCGGAAGGCUUGCAACCUCGGCGGUCGCACAGCCCGCGCAGCGCCGGCGGUGGUCAUCGACGAGGCGCACGGUCCGAGGACCUCUCGCGGUUCGGUACGGGCCUGUUGCCCAACGACGACUUCCUCACCAGCAUCACGGCACCGGAUGGCGGUCUGGCACCACCAGUGACCGGGAGGACCGUCUCGGGCAGCAGUGCCGGCUCGAACCUGCCGAGCACCUCGCUCUACUCGUCUGGCAGCGCCCGCGCCCAUCCCUACCGUGUCGGGCACGACCGUCACCAAUCUUGGAGCUCAAACGCCUCGAACAGCAGCGUCGCGUCGGCAACAGGCUCGGCCUCACCGGCGCACGGUGCGUCCUUUUCGCCGCUUCCCGGACAGCCCGGUGGCGCCACAGAGGCGGCGGAGCAGUAUUCGAGCACCGCUCUGCCGACGUAUACCAGCCUGAGCGGACGCUCGGCCUCGGUGGCUUUCAGUGUGGCUUCACCGGGCAGCACCUCGUUCAUAUCGGCGCCUCCCGUGCCCGUGGUGACGAGCCAGGCGACGCAGGCUGCUUCGGCCUCGCGGCGGAAGGGCGAAGCCCUCUUCAGCUGUCCGGUGCCUGGCUGUGGCUCGACUUUCACCCGCCAGUACAAUCUGCGCGGCCAUUUGCGGUCGCACGCCGACGAGCGGCCAUUCAAGUGCGAAUGGCCAGGCUGCGGCAAGAGUUUCGCGCGUGCCCACGAUUGCAAGCGGCAUCAGAACCUCCACCUCAACAUCAAGCCCCACACCUGCGAGCACUGCGGCAAGACGUUUGCAAGGCUCGACGCCCUCAAUCGGCACCACAAGACCGACACGGGCGGUUGCAUGACCAAGUCGUCGGAGGAUGGCAGCGAUACCGACGAAGCCUCGAUGGGUGGUGCAGCGGGCGCACCGGGGGAAGCUUCCCAGCCGGGAGCGGGUCUCGGGCGAUCGGCGAGCUCCAAAGCAAAGGCCUUCGGUGGCCAUGUUCUCUGA